AAAUUCAUUCUGCUCGAAGUGCGACGGGACGUGUGAGCCCGCAUCUUGGGAACAUCGUCCACAAUGCAUAAUUUGUCACAAAAAUGUCGGCUGUGUUUGGAGGGUUUAUCAGAUAAAGAAGGAUUACCUAUUGCAAACGAACUGCUGCAAGAAAAGAUGCGACUAUUGUUGGACGUUGAGAUCAUGCCUGCACUAUCGUGGCUACCAACUAAUGCAUGUGGGAAUUGCACCGGAACAAUAGAUAGUUUCAUUGCCUUCCGGCAAAAAGUUCGUACAAAUCAAGACUAUUUGUACUCGCUAAAAGUAGAAGAAGGCCCCAAUGGAACAGUGGGUUUGUCGGAUGACGUGAAAACAGAGUUUGCCGGAAACGAGCUGCAUGCAAUACCCGCUCCGAGCAAUUGUCUUGAAGUAAUUUACAAUACUGUCAAGGAACUUCAAGAAGAGACUCAUUCAACUAAUCCAACCACUGAUGAAGCCCUGGUCAACGAAGAAGUUGUGGUAAAAAGAGAAGUCACAGGCGACGAAGACAGUGUCCAUAGUAGCCCAAUGUCCCAGUCAGACAAUGCUGACUUUAAUGAUCCUUUGGGGGAUCAACAGGAAACGAAGCCGAAGAAAGUAAAGCGAUGCCGCCCUCCACGGCAGCACUGUAGUGCGCCGUUGGGUGCUGCGUAUACUGAUAGAAGAAAACGACGACAAGCUUCCGAGGAAGACGAACAACGAUUGAAGAAUUUUUAUCAUUUGUCAUGCGAAGUUUGUGCAAAUGUUUCAGAUUCGUUUUCAGAACUUCUGGCCCAUUACCGAACAGAGCAUAACACCGGUGGCUUUGUUCGCUGUUGUGAUCGCACGUUUAAAAAGAAGUGUCUAGCCCUCGAACAUUUGGAAGUACAUUUGGGCACAAUACGGUGCGAUAUUUGCAGCAAAACCUACAACAGCAUCGACACGCUUCAGCUGCAUAAGCUUCAGCAACACAGUGGACCGGAAGCGAAGCCGUUCAAGUGUGAUAAGUGUCAUCAGUCGUUCCCAAAGGCGUACUUGCUGAAGUCGCACUUGAAGCGCCAUAAGCAGGAACCGUGUCCAACCUGUGGCAAAAUGCUGAGCAACCAGAGUGCUUUGAAGAUGCACAUAGCAAUGAUUCAUAAAAAAACACCUAACCUAAUUUGUGAUAUCUGUGGUAAAGAAAUGACUACCAAGCAGACUAUGGAACGGCACAUGAACAUGCACAUGGGGCUUGAAACGGUCGAGCGAGUUCAGUGUGGCCAGUGUCAGAAAUGGUUUAGAGGAAUUUACGUUCUUCAAAGACACGUCAAACACGUACACACCGAACAGGGACAAAUAUUUCAGUGCGAUAUUUGUUUGCAGAAGUAUCCGAAUACGCGUGCCCUCUCCCACCAUAAGCAACGGGUGCACGUGGAGGAGAAGUUUUCGUGCGAAUUUUGCGGGAAACGUUUCAAACGCAAAAUCUAUCUUAGGGAACACGUCGCCUCUCAUACGGGUCAACCCCUGUACUCUUGCAAUCUGUGCACAGCAACGUUUAAUUCGAGCGGCAAUCUGUACGCCCACCGUCGUAAAAGCCACGUGGGCGCAGGUAGAGGAAGCAGGAACUCCUCCGGAGAAUCAACCCUCAGAAAACCAGUCCAGGCAAACGAUAUCGGCCUAGAGGAGGACUCUGUGAAGGACGAAACUCUGAAGGGAACUGUCGAAGACAGUGAUAGUGAUUCAGCAUCGAGCGAUGACUUUAAAGGAGAGGACAGGCUGUUAAACGAUGAGGAGGAUAAGCAAGAGGAUGAUGAAGGAAGCGAAGCGGUAGUUAAUGGCCGACGCAGGGGUCGAAACCUAAAAAAAGAAGUAGCGGACGCACUGGCCAAGACUGAACGUGCAGAUAAAUCAAAAUGCACAACACAAGCCAAGCAACUGGAAAAAGAGCAGCGGAUAAGAAACUUUUUCAGUCUGGAGUGUGAGCUGUGUUCCACACCGUUGAAUGACUUCACGGAUCUGCAGGAUCAUUAUCGCCAGGUGCAUAAUGUAACGGGAUACGUUCGCUGCUGUGACAGACUAUUCUAUCGUCGGUAUCUACUAUUGGACCACAUAGACGCCCACAGCGGUUCGAUUCGAUGUGAAAUAUGCAAGAAGAGCUACAAAUCGAACCGCUACUUGACGCUGCACAUGGCGAAAACACACAGCCGAGAGGAAGACCGGCCGUUCAAAUGCGACCAAUGUCACGUAUCGUACCCGAAGUCGUACCUCUUAAAGGCGCACCGCGCUUUGCACGUGCAAGAGGAGUGUCGCAUCUGUAAAAAGGUGCUGUCCAACAACCAAUCGCUGAAGGUGCACAUUGCCCAAAUGCACGGUGACGAUGGCAAUCACAUCUGUGACACGUGCGGGAAAGUAUUCCGCACUAAAGCGGCCAUAGAGCGGCACAUCAAGGAGCAUCUGGGGCUAGAGUUGGUCGAGCGAAUGCAGUGUGAAUACUGUAAAAAGUGGUUCAACGGGAAGUACAACCUGAAGAAGCACAUUCGCUUUCUGCACAAUGAGGAGGGACAAGAGUUUCGCUGCGAUGUCUGCCAGCACGAGAGCCCCAACAGCCGGGCGUUAGCCAACCACAAGCUACGGGUCCACGUUGAAGAGAAGUACGAGUGCGAGUACUGCGGAAAGCGAUUCAAGCGGAGGCCCAACCUUCGCGAGCACAUUGCAUCGCACACGGGCAACGCGCUUUAUUCUUGCGAAAUCUGUGGCAUCAAGUUCAACUCCAAGGCCAAUCGCUUCACGCAUCGCAAAAACAAGCAUCCCGUCGAAUGGGAAGCCAACAAGCGAUUGAAAGCCGAGAGAGAGAUGAGUAAACACUGUGUAUAGACAAGAGUACUGAUUAAAUAUAGAAUAGAUUUCAUUACCGUGCGCAUUCAUGGAACCGAUACCUUG